AUGGCCCAUUCUUAUCCCCAAAUCGUUCUACUCGGCGACUCUCUAUUACAGCAAUCAGUUGAUAUUCGAGAUGGGUUUUCUUUUCAAGCAGCUCUUCAGACUCGAUUUAUCCGACGUCUCGAUGUGGUCAACCGUGGCUUUUCGGGUUGGAACAGUGCCAAUGCAGUUGAGUAUCUCUCUGAGAUGAUACCACAGCAAACAUCUUCCAGUCCGAAGUUGAAGUAUCUUAUUGUGCUCUUGGGGGCUAAUGAUGCGGUUUUGCCUCUGCCCAGCACGUCCCAGCAUGUGCCCAUUGAACAGUACAAGCAGAACCUGAUCAAGAUCAUCACGCACGCGCACAUCCGGGCCCACAAUCCAGAGAUACUGCUAGUGACCCCUCCUCCUGUGGAUGAGAUCAAGAGAACUAAGCUGGAUAUUGCAGAGGGCCAUGGCAGAGCCGUAAGAUUGUUUGCUCGUAGUGCUUCCUAUUCAGAGACGGUCCGUGAGGUGGCCCGCGAGCACCCAGGCACCGUACUGAUUGAUCUGUGGAAGGCCAUCAUGGAAAGGGCUAUCGAGAUGACACCGCAUGACUACACGACUGGUGGGCCUUGGCUGGGUUCACCCGAGAAUGGAAAGCAAGGCGGACUGGACAAUCUACUGCCAGAUGGCCUACACAUGAGUGGAGAGGCAUACAAGGUGUUUUAUGAUGAAAUAAUAGGCCAUGUUGGAAGAGAAUGGGCGAGUUUACCCGAGGAGGAUCGCACCGGGUAUAUGUUUCCUGAUUGGCGUGUUCUAAACCCCAUCGAGUCGUAA